CGGACAUGCUGCACCCGAAUUUGUACCGCCAUAUUGUCUCUCACAAGCGAGGAAAAACAUUGUGGUUGCGUGAUGUGAUUUUAUUCGAAAUUCAAAAGAAGUUGAUCAUUCAGUGUUCUUGGCACUUGGUUACAAUCGCUGAGUAGAUACGUACAGGAACUCGAGAAGAAAUUGACGCCGAUCGACAAGUAAUUAUACAGGUCGCCUAUCGGAACUCUUGAUUUUCACUGGUUCGUUCAUUUUGACGGUCUGUAUACCUGUGUGUCCGUUUUGCCGGUCUGUAUACCUGCGCGUCCAUUUUCCAAGCGAGUAAACGGCUUUAUGAAAGUGUCGAACGAUCACAGAUGGAAAUAAGAAUGGACGUAAUAUCGGUAUCACAGAUGGGAACUACAAGCCUGCAUCAAGCGAGGGUGAAUGCACUAUACAGAGUGUCUCAAAUGUAAAAAGGUCCUUAACAUCAACAGCUACAGUGGAUUGGAAAAAUGUUUGCUACUCAUACUCAAAUGGUAAAGUGGACUCUCCCUGCUUUUGCCCUUAUAAUUGGUAUAUUGUGGUACAAACGGCGUCAAGCAGACAGAGCUGAUCCAGGUGGAAUAAAUAAAAACUGUCGUAACAAAGAGAAUAGUACUGAUCAGGAGAUUGCUUCAUCAGAUUCUAAUUCAAGUCUUCAUGAUUCUGGCAUACAAAAUAAUGAAUCCUGCUCAUUGAGUCCUCCUAAUCAACAGGUAGAAGACAUACGGGUAGAAGAGAUUGUUUCUAUCCCUAGAAAAACAAGCGAAAAUUUAGAUAUUCCGCAGAAAAGGUCUGGCUCGCCGUGUAUUUCUGCGCAUUCUAGAACUCCUCCUAAUGAUGACGGUGAAGCAUGGUACAGUUUCGUAGAUACCUCGUCGAAAAUGGAAAUACAAUUAGGUAGUAACCCAAUAAUAAGCAAUUUCGAUAUGGUUGCAAAGAGUAGAGGUGCUUCCUCCUUGGAAGAAGCCACUGAUUCUGAUGAUAAAGUAUUAAAGAUAUUUGAAAAUAUCGUCGAGGAAGAAGAACAAAAGUUAGCGCCUGAGAAUAAAUCGAUAGUAGUUGUCAAUCAAAACGAAGAGAAUAAUACAAACAAUGAAUGUAAUUAUCUACCAAGCGAAGUACCAUCUGUUUCCACGCCACUGAAAGAUAAUGUUAAAACACCAGCUCGAACAUUAUCCGAAAGAGAUUCUGCUAACCAUAGUCCAGUUUCUGGUGUCUUAGAAGGCAGUGUCACAGAUGAAGCAAGAAGUGAGGGAAGUACAGAUAGUGGAAAAGGUGGAAGUAUCAAGGGUCAUACAAAAGACACUGUAAUGCCAAUGAUAUAUGAAUUUAGUAUACCACAAUCUUUAGUUGGACGACUAAUUGGUCGGCAUGGAAGUUUCUUGCAAAAUAUUCGACAUAAAGCGGAAGUAAACAUAGUCCUCAAACGUCAUCCUAUAUCGAGAGAUCAAAAACUUUGUGCCAUAGAAGGUUCUACAGAAGGAAUAAACGUUGCUCUAGAAAUGAUACGACAAAAGUUCCCAGAAAAAAAAUUUCCACAGUUGACACUUCAUCAGAUUUCACCAUUAAUAGUACCUGAAGAUAUUCCUUGGUUUGCUGAAUUAAGACAGUUAUCAUUAGUGGAGGGAGUCAAUAAUGAUGUUGUUAUAUGUCACAUAGUGAAACCAAACAGAUUAUUUGUACAGCUUCCUACUCAUCCUACCUAUCCAUCCCUACGGAUUUUAGACGAAAGGAUGACACAGUUAUAUAACACGACGGAGUCGCCAUCAGCUCCAGAUGAACUUACUAAUGGUAUGAUCUUAGUUGCAAAAUGGUAUAAUACGUGGGUCAGAGUAUACGUCGAACAGCCAGAUCCUCAUGGCGAACAGCAUUUAGUACGACUUGUUGAUCACGGUGGUUAUUGGGUGUUUAGUAGUUCAGAAAUGAGGAAAAUUAGGUCAGAUUAUCUUACGUUACCGUUUCAAGCAAUUGAAAUAUUCCUGGCAAAUGUACAACCAAAAGAUGGUGAAUGGAAUCAAGAAGCUUAUAAUACAGUUGCUCAGAUGUGUACAGGAAUUGUUGGUCAAGCUCAAAUAGAAGGUUAUAUCAAUACAAACACAUAUAUUAGUCUCUAUCUUAAUAUUCAGAAACAUGGGGUGAUAUCCCUCGCCGAUGAAUUAAUAGCUCGUGGAUUCGCGGAAUCCAUACCAUUAGAAAAUAUAAUUCCAGAAGAAGGUAUAUUAAUCUCUUAAGGUAUGAAUUAGAAAUUUAGGCUAUAAUAACUAUACUUGUAAAGAAACCAUGAUAAUAUGUGAUCACGUAAUUUUUUUAGUCAUUAUUUGCGUAUAUGAUUCAUUUUCAUUCUCAUACUUCAUACAUUAAGAAAAAAUACCAAGGAAAUGAUACUUCCUAACAUUGAUUUGAAUGUUUUUAUUAACACCAGCAGUUUUCUACAUCCUGUUCGAUAUGCCAUCUAUUAAAUCUAUUGAAUCAUAUUUAUUGAACCUAGAUUGAAUUACAUGACAUAUUGCAUAUACAUUCUCUUGUUAAUACAUUACGUAUCAAUGAACAUAUGUAAGGAUAAACAAUAUUUAACGAGCAUUUAUAAAUACUCCUCAUGUAUGAUUUAUAACAAGUACAAAUGUAAACUAUUGUGUUUAGAGUGUGGCAUUUUUACGUGCAUGGUUAAUAAGAUUUUUUAAUAGUAUUUAUCAUGUUACUGGACGGAAAAAGAAUUUAGAUCAACUUAAACAGACAAUAGAUAAUUAAACAAAAGAAAACGCUCCUCCCUGUACUUAUAUGCUGUCAAGAGGUACAAUAGAUUUAUUAAAUGCCAAAUGUACGAUAUAUAAUACAUAUUUAUAAAACGCCACAUUCUAGCGGCUGAAUUCGAGUAAUAAGAAAUUAGAAAGAAAAGGGACAUUUAUUGUACAUUUAAUACGAUAUUCAAAUGAUUUAUAACAUAGGAACAGUUAUUUUACGGUAUGAUAGUGUAAUAUACGUUUCUGUAAAGUACAGUGAAUGAAAACUACAGAUUUUCACGAAUUACAAAAGCCACGUGGUAUGGUCCAUAAUACUUUUACUUCUAAAAACUUGUGGAACUAAUUUGUCCUUCUAUUAGUUUUUUUUUUUUUUUUAAUGAAAGUAAUAAUACAAAUCCAAAUUGUUACAUUAAGUUCGGAUUUCAAAUAAACACAAAAUGCAAGGGAAAAUAUUUCGGAUUAUUAAGUUCUCUAUCUCUAAGCAGACUUCAAUCAUAUGUUUGUAAAUAAUGUAACAUUACUACUACGUUUAUAAAAUAUUUAUAUAAUACAUCUUAUAAUGGUUAUAUAAUAGAAAAUGAAAAAACAAUGUUACAUGUUAGCUGUACGUAAUGAUAAAUAUGACAAGAUAUACAGAGGUAGCAGAAAUUUAUAUAUUUUAUACUUAUCAAACACUAAUAGAGAAAAGUGAUUGCAUUAUAACUACACCGGACGAAUCGGGAAAUUCGCGUCUCUGUGUGACUUGUAUUACUUACUACAGGUCAAAUUUGUUUAUUCUAACGUAAUUUUUAAAUGUAAAUUAAACUAUAUAGGAAACCUAUUUUGUCUAAAUCGUGUGAGAUCGUUGUAUGAAUACUCUAUUCUUUCUCUUUUUCUUUGUUUUUUCUUAUACUAUAUUUAAUACAAAAGAAACGAUCACGGUGAUAUCGUUAAAUAAUUUGGAUUACUCAUUAAAUGAAAACUUCAUUAUCGAUAUUUUCUAUAUAUUUAACGUUGUAAUUUAUCGUAUAAUCUAUAUUACGUUGAACAGAUAUUAACAAACGUUUAAACAAAUAUCUUUUUCACAUAGGAAACAUUUUCUACGAAGUUUUUUUCAUAAUACUAAUUUCUUCCUAUGUAAUUUUUGCUUUCGGUUAUCGCGGCAGGUAUAAGCUGUUACCUUCUUAUUUCCUAAGCAUCCCGCUUAAUAUUUAUUUACUUAAACGUUUAUCACAUUUCAAUUAUGUACUGCUAUCGAGCAGAUUACGAAGAGACUGGUAGUCUUUUCUAUAGAUUGUACGGUAUAUUGUUUAUAUUUAAUCAUAGAAUGUGUUCUGCGGUUUACUUUCGAGUGUUUUCACCAACCGCAGCCAUAUUUGUUAUGCGUAGAAAUAAAAUACCAUUAAGCGUGAUGAAAAUUGAGAAAAAGUAGCAAAAAAAUGUGAUGUUUGCUGCAGAGAAACAGUUUUAUACUGUUACAUGUUAAUAUUUACAGUUUAUUGAUACGUAAACGCUAUAGAGAUAUUUGUAUAGGGAUAUACAUAGGAUACAGUUAUUAAGCCGCUUAUUAAACUGUAUGUGCUUCAAUGUAUCACCAUCGUGAAAGCAGAGAAUUUUUUUAAUUCGUUGAAAUCUUCUUACGUCAGGGUUACAAUUCUAAUCGUAUGUAUGCAACGAAACAAUUAUACAAAUAUAUUAUUUUAUUAUUUGGUACGUCUUCCAAUCAGAAGAAGUACAGAUAAUAAGAUUUUGUUACAUUAGCUUCUUAAAUUCUAAGUAGGAUAUUUUUUACGUUGCGUACAUGUAUAUAGCAUACACGAUCAACAAAAGCACCCAAUUACUCGUGUUUCUUACGAUUUCAUUUAUCAUUAUCGAUUAAAUUAAACUCAUUUUGUAUAUAUCUCAAUGUAAUCUUCGGCGUUCUCAUUAAAUUUGCAUCAUUUUAA